AUGGAGACCUGGAGUCACCACCUCUGCCUGGGCCUUCUGCUCCUGCUCCUGCUCUCGGCAGAGUGCUUGGGAGCUGAGGGCAGGCUGGCUCACAAGCUGUUCCGUGACCUCUUCGCCAACUACACAAGUGCCCUCAGACCUGUGGCAGACACAGACCAGACUCUGAAUGUGACCUUGGAAGUGACAUUGUCCCAGAUCAUCGAUAUGGAUGAACGGAACCAGGUGCUGACCCUGUACCUGUGGAUCCGGCAGGAAUGGAUGGAUGCGUACCUACGAUGGGACCCCAAUGCCUAUGGUGGCCUGGAUUCCAUCCGCAUCCCCAGUAGUCUUGUGUGGCGGCCAGACAUCGUGCUCUAUAACAAGGCUGACGCGCAGUCAUCGGCAUCCGCCAGCACGAAUGUGGUUGUGCGGCAUGAUGGCGCAGUGCGCUGGGAUGCACCGGCCAUCACGCGUAGCUCAUGCCGCGUAGACGUGUCAGCCUUCCCAUUCGACGCUCAGCGCUGUGGACUGACGUUUGGCUCAUGGACACAUGGUGGGCAUCAGCUGGAUGUGCGGCCUCGUGGCGCCGCCGCCAGCCUGGCUGACUUCGUGGAAAACGUGGAGUGGCGUGUGCUGGGCAUGCCGGCCCGGCGGCGUGUGCUCACCUAUGGCUGUUGCUCAGAGCCCUACCCCGACGUGACCUUCACGCUGCUGCUGCGCCGCCGCGCCGCCGCCUAUGUGUGCAACCUGCUGCUUCCCUGCGUGCUCAUCUCGCUGCUUGCGCCACUCGCCUUCCACCUACCAGCUAAUUCGGGAGAGAAGGUGUCACUUGGGGUCACCGUGCUACUGGCGCUCACCGUCUUCCAGCUGCUCCUGGCUGAGAGUAUGCCUCCAGCAGAGAGCGUGCCACUUAUCGGGAAGUACUACAUGGCCACUAUGACCAUGGUUACAUUCUCGACAGCACUUACCAUCCUUAUCAUGAAUCUGCAUUACUGUGGUCCCAGUGCCCGCCCAGUACCAGCCUGGGCUAGGGUCCUCCUGCUAGGACACCUGGCAAGAGGCCUGUGUGUGCGAGAACGAGGGGAGCCCUGUGGACAGCCCAGGCCACCGGAGCCAGUCCCCAGCCCCCAGCCGCCUGCUGGCCCCCCAGCAGGGCCUUGCCAUGAGCCACAUUGUCUGUGCAGGCAGGAAGCCCUAUUACACCAUGUAUCCACCAUUGCCAGCACCUUCUGCAGCCACAGGGCUGCCCAGCGCCGCCGUGAAGACUGGAAGCGCCUGGCACGUGUGAUGGACCGCUUCUUCCUGGGAAUCUUCUUUUCCAUGGCCCUGGUCAUGAGUCUUCUGGUGCUGGUACAGGCCCUGUGAGGAGCUGGGACUGGGUCCCAGAAAGCAUCCAUAGCCACAGCAGCCACAGGAUGGAUGGCAAAAGCCAGGUGGUUGUUGAUCCUCAAAUAAUCCAGCCUCUCCUUACUGCUGCUAAAACCCUGGGAAACCCUCUCUUCAGAAUCAGUACUGCUGAUUUCACAAUCUACAAGGAACCCUUGUUGUGUCCAUGCCCUGACUAAGCGGGAUCCAGAUCCUAACACUGCCCUAAUUCCUAAAGAAGAACUCCAGGAAGGAUCAAGAUCGAAGUAUAAACUUGGACAGAACUGAAUGAGCAUGCUCAGAGUUAGAGCUCUUAGUGGGGAAAGAGCAGGUGAUUACAUAAGAAACAGCAGCGGGGUAUGGUGGUGCACCCCUGUAAUCCCAGCAGCUCAGGAGGCUAAGGAAGGAGGAUCACACAAGUUUGAGGCCCACCUCAGCAAUUAGCGAGACCCUGUCUCAAAAAUUAAAAAAGGCCUGGGAAUGUAGCUCAGUGUUAAAAUGUCCUGGAUUCAAUCCCCAGCUCAGGAAGGAAGGAAGAAGGAAGAGAAGGAAGAGGGUUACUGCAUUUCCUGUCUUUAUAGGCAGCCACUGCUUUGGAAACAUGGUCGGUCUUGCCUAUCACUAUGUAGGGCUCAGGGAAAACAAUUCGUUGUCUGCUUUCCAGAGCAAGAAGUGAAACAGACAUCUGUUUCCAAAGCCUUAAUCUAUAAUAAAGUGUGUGCCUAGUAUCUCCUUGAUGUCCUGUCUUCCCCUGGUGGUCUAUGGUGGCAGAAGUCAGGGAUCCAUGUUUUUCUCUAGAGACAGGCACCUCAGGACUCAUGAAUCACAGCAUAAAUUAACAUCUUUGCUGACAAGAAAACUGGGAUUUGGCUGGGACUCUCAGAGAGGGCCUAAAGCUCUAUUUCUUCUUCUCUCUGAGCUCUGGACUUAGAUGCAGUCCAUCCAAUUCCCACACACUUACAUUUGGCGAGCUUGAAAGUGUCCAAAGUAGGGGCAGUGCAGAGACCAGCCUUUCACAGGAAUUUGUCCCUUUCUGACUUCCACACAGUUCCAGGCAUUAUCUCUGUGCCUCAGACUCGGUCCCUAUCCUCAGGAAUCUCACAAUCUGAUAUGGGAAGCAUUCACAGAGGCAGGGCCCAUAACCCAGGCAGGUGGCAGAGGUCAGAGAAGGCUUCCUGGAGGAGUGAAUUAGAGCUUUCCAGGUAAAUAUGUGAAGCAUUUGAAUUACACUAGCAAGUCCUAUGGCCAAGUGCUUUCC